UGUUAAAAGUUUAAACGAUCAGUUAGAUAAAAACAGUCUCUCCGUCGGCUUUGAGAAGCAAACAACAAACGUCGCAUCGCAAGCAAAUAUGAAUAAAUUACUAGCAUUGGCUAUUUUUGCUCUUCUUUGUGUUGUCAUUAACGCACGGCCAAAUAAUGGGGCAGCUCAUGUCGUUGGUGGUGCUCAAAAAUUGGACGUGGAAGAAGCUGAGGAGACUUUGAACUUUUCACUGAAACAAUUGGCAAAGGGUGACAAUGGACCAAACUACAAAGUGAGGAAAAUUCAUUCGGCCAGCAAACAAUUGGUGUCCGGUAUUCUGUACAAAAUUAAUGCUGAUAUCAUCGAUGGUGAUGAGGAGAAGGCAAAGAAUUGUGAUAUCAAGAUUUGGGCUCAACCCUGGUUGGAGAAUGGUUACAAAGUGACAUUCAACUGUGAAAAGGAAGACGAACUCGUCUUGGCCCAUAGUGCCUAAAAUGGGGGAAUCAUUGAAGAUGACAUUGUUGGUGUUUUUUGUUUAACGAAUGAUAUGGAAGAUUUAUAUCUAAAUAAACAAUUAUUUUUUUUUUUCAUAGAACGAAAAACAGCUAUUUAAAUUGUGAUUAUGAAUUGCAAUGUCAAAACACUAAUUAAUCGUGACAAUAAAAACAGUUUCUUAUUUGAAAUAAUAAUCAAUAUCAAUAUUAAAAUUAUUCUAAGAUAAAAUACAAUUUGCACCUCAGACAACAUUGAAAUAGCCAUGUGUUAAUUGCACACCGAUUUAAAUAUUUGAGUCAAUAAAUACAAAUUAACAAAUUCGAAAAUAUAUACCCUAAUGUAUGGCCUCUUAUGAUAAAACGCAAUAAGUGUAUUUAAUUAAAUCUUUCAAAUAAUUCAGAAUUAUCUUAUGAUGCAACUAUUUACUCACUGCACAAUAAAAAUUAAUAACCAGUUUGACGAGUUAAUAAAAAAAACUAAGAGAUUUCAUUAAAUCG